AUGCAGCCUUCAGACAUCUUCGCCGCACUCGCAGGGACAUACACCCUCCUCAACACAUCAGCUACUCGCGAUGGAGUGCCCGUAGAAGACCGAACCUACGGCUCCAACCCCGUCGGCAUCCUCACAUACAGCAAGACCGGGUUCAUGUCGGCCACACUCACGUCCACAGACCCCGAACACCGGCCGGCGAACCUCACAUUCCCUUUCGAAGACGGCCAGUCGGAUGCGGACUGGGCCCUGGUUGGGAAACACAGCAUUGGAUACGCAGGGCCGUUCCAGAUCAGUACCGACAUCCCCGCGUCUGCAACGAACGGCCAGGUUCUCCAUGGCCCUCUGACAGUAGCCAACGUCCCCGCCAUGGUCGGGGCUGUUCACAGGCGGAACUACACGACUUUCGAAGAUGGGAAACUGCUGCGCAUUACGUCGCAGAGAGAUGGGUCGAACCGCGGAGAACUAUGGUGGGCCAGGCUGGAUUAG